AUGAGCCGAUCCAUAGCUUUUCAAUCAAGAGCUCUACGAACCUCGUCAAAGAGGUUGUCAGAUAUCUCUCCAAUUUUGACCAAAAAUGCUAUGCCUCCUGUUGGACCAUAUUCACAAGCCAUUAAAACACCACAUGCAAUCUACUGCUCUGGCCAACUUCCAGCAGAUUCUCAAGGAAAUCUAGUUGAGGGUACCAUGGGAGAUAGAACGGCCGCGUGUCUGAAAGCUCUCUCGGCUGUCCUUACAGAGGCCGGAUCUUCGAUUGAUCGCAUUGUCAAAGUGCAGAUCUUUCUCACGGAUAUGAGAGACUUUGGAGAGAUGAAUGGAGAGUAUGAGAAGUGGAUUAAGCACAAGCCAGCAAGGAGUUGUGUUGCUGUCAAGCAGCUACCUAAGGGUGUGGAUAUUGAAAUCGAGUGUGUGGCGCUGCCUUGA